UGCACUUCGUCCUUUCAUUCCCAUCAUUCCCUUCAGCGAGCGAGGACCGUCUGCAGCAGUCAAGAUGGCGGAUAGACCAGUUCCCGUGAUUGAGAAGCGUCUGAUGGAUGUGAAACUGGGCGAGCUGGGAACCUGGCUCGGAGGUCGGGACUUCACCCCCAAUGGCAUCAUCGCAGCCGUCCGCAGGGGCCACGACAGAUACUACAACAAGUACAUUAACGUGAAGAAGGGAGGCAUCGGUGGUGUAGCUAUGCUGCUGGUUGGUUACGUAUCCCUCAGCUACCUGUGGGAAUACGACCACAUCAAGCACGAUCGCUCGAGGAAGUACCACUGAGCUUCUUCAGCAGCCAUCAGACCUUCAGGGAUGAAGAUUCCCCUGCUUUCUAUUCUCAGCCCUGUGUGUAGAUAUGUGACUGUUCUGACCAAUAAACAAUAUAAAGAUUUA